GGAUCCGGGGGCGGAGCCUCGCGGGCUGGAGCAAAGAGCUGCGGGGGCUGAGCGCAGAAGUAGCGCGAGGCUGGAAGCGGAUCCCGGGCGCUGCCAGGUUCUGUGGACAAUCACAAUGGGAAUCCAAGGAGGGUCUGUCCUGUUCGGGCUGCUGCUUGUCCUGGCUGUCUUCUGCCAUUCAGGUCAUAGCCUGCAAUGCUACAACUGUCCUAACCCAACUACUGACUGCAAAACAGCCAUCAAUUGUUCAUCUGGUUUUGAUACGUGUCUCAUUGCCAGAGCUGGGUUACAAGUAUAUAACCAGUGUUGGAAGUUUGCGAAUUGCAAUUUCAAUGACAUUUCAACCCUCUUGAAGGAAAGCGAGCUACAGUACUUCUGCUGCAAGAAGGACCUGUGUAACGAACAGCUUGAAAAUGGUGGGACAUCCUUAUCAGAGAAAACAGUUCUUCUGCUGGUGACCCCACUUCUGGCAGCAGCCUGGUGCCUUCAUCCCUAAGUCAACACCAGGAGAGCUUCUCCCAUACUCCCCGUUCCUGCGUAGUCCCCUUUCCCUUGCUGCCGCAUUCUAAAGGCUUGAUAUUUUCCAACUGGAUCUUGUUGGGAAAGAAUAAAAUUGACUUGAGUAACCUGGCUAAGAUAGAGGGGCUCUGGGAGACUUUGAAGACCAGUCCUGUUUGCAGGGAAGCCCCACUUGAAGGAAGAAGUUUAAGAGUGAAGUAGGUGUGACUUGAGCUAGAUUGCAUGCUUCUUCCUUUGCUCUUGGGAGGAGCAGCUUUGCAGUGACAGCUUGAGUGGGUUCUCUGCAACCCUCAGAUUAUUUUUCCUCUGGCUCCUUGGAUGUAGUCAGUUAGCAUCAUUAGUACAUCUUUGGAGGAUUGGGCAGGAGUGUGUGAGCAUCCUCUCUCACAUGAACGCUUUCGUAAACUUCAGGGCUCCCGUGUUGCCAUGGAGGCAUGCCAAAUGUUCCAUAUGUGGGUGUCAGUCAGGGGCAACAAGAUCCCUAAGGCAGAGCUAGAGGACUUCUGGAAGGGAAGUGGGUAAGUGUUCCAGAUGGCAGGGCAUGAAAACUUAAGGGAGAUACAAGUGGCUGAAAGUCGUUUUUCCUCUAUCUUUAAAUUUUAUAUGAGCUUUGUUAUCUUUCACUGGAAAAGUGUAAUAGCAUACAUUAAUGGUGUGUUAAAGCUAUUUCCUCUCCUUUUUUUUUUAAUUGGAACGGUGGGAUAUCUUGGAUUUGCCACACACAGUUACAGAAUGAACACUCCGUACAUGUGACUGGCAGUAUUAAGUGUGCUUAUUUUAAAUGUUACUGGUAGGAAGGCUAUUCAGGUAUGUGUGUAUACAGUAUGAAUGCAAUGGGAACAACCUUUGUGGUUACAGUUUGAGACUUCCAGAGGUCAUCCUUAAUAACAACAGAUCUGCAGGGUUUUACCGUCUGCAUCCAGCCUUCUGUUAACUCCUAGCUGACUCAGCAUAGAUGGUAUAAAAUACCUUUGUAAGGGCUAUUAGCACAGUCACACACGUUUGAGGCUUUCAGAAGCUCUUUCUAAAAAAUGAUACACACCUUUCACAAGGGCAAACUUUUUCCUUUUCCCUGUAUUUUCUAGUGAAUAAAUCUCAAGAUUCAGUAGACCUUAAUAACAUUUGUAUUUUAUGAUCUUGGCUGUAUUUAAUGGCAUCGCCUGACUUUUGCAGAUGGAGGAAUUUCUUGAUUAAUGUUGGAAAAAAAAAAAAAACCCUUGAUUAUACUCUGUUAGACAAAUUGAGUGCAGUGAAUGAUGCCUUUCUGAAAA